AUGGGCCUGAAGCGCGACAGCUCACAUCUGGAUACCGAUGAUGAGUCGCGCCUUUCACAGUCGACGAAGAGGCUUAAAGUCGCAUUCAGUCCGACUGUGGACGUGCGGACAAUUGCGGACGACUACAGCGAGAAGAGUUUCGAUCUCGUAAAGGAAGAGGUGCGGCAGGGCAUAGAAGGCCAUCUCGCACCUGCAGACCGUAGAGAUGACAAGCGAUAUGCUGGACUGCUGGAGCUGCUUGGCAAGGAUGUAGAGUCCGACGAAGCACCCAGCAGUAAAUUGCUAAAGAAGUAUUUGCUGGCCACCAUCGCGAAGAUCAGCUCUCUAGGUCACUGUGCAAAGCUUGCGACAACCCUGCUCGAGCUGUCAUGGCUGGGUAGAGACGAUACUUUCGUUGCACUCUACAUGCAAUUUCUUAUCACUCUCGCAACCGCUCAUUCGAAGUACAUUCCGGCGAUCAUGGAAAAUCUGGCCUCGCACUUUGCCCGCUUACCUGCAGCCACUGGUCGCUUGCAAGGAGAAACUCCCGUCUCCCGUGCUAUCAUGUUCGGUCGUGUGCAUGCAGUACUCAAGAUGCUGUUACAAAGAAUACCAUCUGCGACGACAACGCUUGUGCUCAAACUGAAAGCUGAGUUUCCGAACGACUUGGCGACAACGAGAUCGUACAUACAGUAUCAAAGACAACUAUUACGGUUGGCAGAGUCGAUGCCUGAGAUCAAGGCAGAGAUAUUAGCACUUCUCAUACAACGACUUGUCAGCAUCGACGAGCAAAUACAGCUAGAUUACGACGACCUCGAGGACGAUGAAGAAGAGGCGCUAUUACAGACGAAGCAAGCACCGAAGGUUGACGAUAUAGACAACAGUGAUGAUGAGUCAGUGUCAGAGUCAGAGGAGACUAUGACUGAGGACGAGCAAAGACAACACGAACUGAAUCUGAAGGUGGAAAAACUCGAUGCGACAAUGGACUUGCUGUUCGCGCACUACACCCCGCUUGUGCAGGGUGGGCUCAAGGCAGAUCUCAACGACGCAUACCAACAAUUGCUGUCACACUUCGAGACAUUCAUUCUACCACAUCGAACGCGGCAUGCACAGUUCCUCGUCUUCCACUUCUCUCAGACACUUCCAGAGCACGGCAACCUCUUCGCACGACAAUGUCUACACUCCAUCUUCGACGGUGGCAGACCGCUCUCGCUCCGACUGCACGCCUGUGCAUACCUGGCGAGCUUCGCAGCAAGAGGCGCACAUCUACCCACGACUAUAGUGCGCGAGAUCUUCUCUGGUCUUUGUCAACAACUCGACAGCAUGCGGAAGCGAUACGAACCGGCGUGUCGCGGCCCCGACAAGCGAACAUAUGCAGUCUACUAUGCCAUCGCGCAAGCCAUCCUCUACAUUUUCUGCUUCCGGUGGCGUGACCUGGCACUCGGCGCCGCUGAUCCGGAGGCAGGCGACGAAGACUCUAGCGAAGAAGAUCUUCUGGCCGAAGGACGCGAGCUAGCCUGGUUGCCCGCUAUGAAGGAGACUUUGCAGCAGAAUAUCCAGUCCCGCCUCAAUCCACUAAAGGUGUGCUCACCAGCGAUUGUUGGAGAAUUCGCCAAGCUGGCCCAUCAUGUUCGCUUCCUCUACAUUUUCUCUAUUAUCGAGACCAAUAAGCGGGUACGCCUGACCAACGCUUAUGCAGCGCGGCCAGUCUCUGAAGUUGGACGAAGAGAGACAGCUAUGGAUCGCAAGCUGGGCGAAGCACACCUACAGCUCGAGGCCUACUUUCCCUUCGACCCAUAUACGCUGCCUAUGAGCAAGCAUUGGGUAGCUGGUGACUAUAAUGAGUGGGAAGAUCCGGCGGGUAUGAAGCAGGAUAAUGAGGCUGAGCCGGACAACGAUGAGGAGGAGAGUGAUGAAGACUCGGAUGAGGGGUAUGAAGAAGAUGAUAUGCCGGAUGCUGACGAUGUUGUUUCUGUUAGUAGUUGA